AUGAUACCUGCAAGAAAGGUAGAACUAAGGGUUGAUCAACGUUUACUUAGCAUGGAUUUUGAGAAGCAGUUGGCAGUUUGUGGUCCAGACUUAACAGCCCUUGCUUCUGGCCGGAGCGCAGCAAGCAGCUGCUCUGCAGCCGGAUCUUUGUCAUCUGCUUCGCUGCCCAAUCCUAGUGCGGCCCCUGGCUUCUCAGAAAUGUCAGCCUCCUCUGGUUCCCAUAGGCCCAUCAAGGGGAUUCUGAAGAAUAAGGUAUCAUCAGUUUCUUCGGUGGAGGCUCCAGUUCAGCAACACGGAGAGAAAAAUGCCAAGGAAGGACAAUGCAAAAAAUCCCAGAAGUGGGAUGAGGCCAGCAUCUUGUCGACAUCUUACUGUAACUACAACUUAAAGAAAGUGAACGAGCCAGUGAAUCCUUAUCUAGAGAUGCAAGAUGACGGGGAAGAUCUAAUCAAACCAGAUGGAAAGGAAGCCUUGACUCCGGACAAGUUAGCAGAAAAACUAGCCGCCGUGAAAACAUUUGGGACCCGCCGUCAGAAGAAAGACUCUGAGAACAGCCGAGCACAUUCCAACAAACACCUCUUGACCAAAGUAGAGAGACAGCGGCAGUUCGAGAUGAGAAGAAAACUUAACUGCAGCGAAGGAUUUAACAUCCAGUUAGCAAGACAACUGAUUCUGGAGGAGCUUCAAGCUGAAGUUGAGGAAGAUGGAAAACAACACUCUACAACCACUUCAUAA